AUGCGGAGCCGAUGCCGAUUUUCGAGGCUUUUAGAAGAACGAGAUCGGCAGGCGUUAAAAGCAUCGAAGAUACAGAGGCAGUUGUCUGGGUACUUGGGGCUGGAGCCGAGGCUGACAUCCGGCUCGAUCCAAGGGAGCGGCGUCGACCCGCAGACGCAGAUCGCCGGCGCGGGUGUGAUCGGGCCGGCGAGCGCCGAAAAGAACUGUAAGAACGCGCACCUGACCGCCAAGCAGCAGGCAAUAUGCUCCCGCUCGCCACCCGUCCUGCAGGCAGUCAGCGCGGGCGCUAGGCUCGCCAUAGAGGAGUGCCAGCACCAGUUUAGAUCAGCGAGAUGGAACUGUUCCGUCAGCCCGGAAAAUCCCGAGAACGUGUUCGGCGGCGUCACGUUAGUCAAUAGCCGAGAAGCCGCGUUCAUAUAUGCCGUAUCAGCAGCCGGGGUCGCUUACAGUGUCACGAGAGCCUGCUCCAGAGGCGAGCUCACCGAUUGCUCCUGCGACAAUCGUGUGAGAACGCGACAUCAGAACAAUUGGCAGUGGGGAGGAUGCAGCGAGACAAAUUGGGAUUCUCUUAAAGAAUGCAAGUACGAUUGUCGAGCUUGA